CAACAACUUUUUGAAUCAGAUCAAAUAACAUCUGCAGGGGAAAUUGGUUCACAAUUUCUUAAAACAACUGCAUUAUUCGAUGACGAUUUGGGUCUACAUUUUCUCACGACGAGAAUAAACGCGCACGGAGUUUCGGUCUGUGUGUAA